AUGUACUUCAACGCAGCUCUCCUCGGCCUCGUUGCCGCCGCUAGCAGUGUUGCCGCUGCCCCCUCCGCCAAGUCUCGGCCCAACACUGUUUCCGCCAUGGCUGACGUCCCUGCCUGGAUCAUCACCUCAUUCACCCGCACCUGCAACGAGGGUGACACAACCUGCGACGUCACCUUCGGCAUCGACACCCAAACCGCGCCGGCGACCGACUGCGCCUACACUGUCAUCGGCUCCCCAGCCAGCCAAACUGCCACCAACGGGAUUGUUUGCGGUCCGUACACCAUCAGCUCCAGCUGGAGCGGUCAGUUCGGCCCCGAAAAUGGCUUCACCACUUGGUCUGUCAUCGACUGGGACAACCGCCUCAUCGCCUGGCCCGCGUACAACGACCAGGAGCUUGUCAAUGCCACUGCCGUCACACCAGACAAGAGCUUCACUCCCCAGACCCUCGCUUGA